CAACAAUUCACAAUGUGGACACUGGUUGUUAUCACGAUGGUUGUGUGGGGUGUUGAUGCCAAGGGAAUCAAACUUCACCUCUCAGAUGAGAUGAAGUCCAUGUUGGGGAAAUCCGACUGGGACCACCAGGACACAGCUCUGUCCAUUCAUGGACCGGUUACUCUAGAUAUUCAUUCCAGCUUUAAACUGAAGAAGGGACGAUUGUUUCUAAAGUCAAAAUUUAACAGCCAACACAAGGACUGUGCGCACAUUAAGAAACACUGGCCGACGAGUGGAGAUGGCGUGUACACAAUUUACCCAACCCCGGGGACAAACAAGACUGUGUUCUGUGACAUGACCACUGAUGGAGGGGGGUGGACGGUAAUACAAAAAAGAAUAGACGGAGAAACAGACUUCUUCAGAAACUGGAAAGGUUACAAAAAUGGAUUUGGUCACGCUGAUCAUGAGUACUGGUUGGGAAACGACGCCAUACAUGCACUGACAAAAGAUAAAAACCAGAUUCUUAGAAUUGAUAUGAUGAAAUUUUCGGGAAAGAAAGGUCAUGCGACAUAUUCGUCAUUUUUUGUUGAUAACGAGGCUUACAAGUAUAAAAUGACGCUUGGGAGUUUUAACGGAACCAAGGGUUUGGGAGAUAGUUUGAAACAUUCAAACAACUCAUACUUCAGUACAACGGAUAGGGAUAAUGACAACGGAGGUGGCAGUUGUGUACAAUCAUAUAAAUCUCCAGGAUGGAUGAAUAGCUGUUUUGAAGCCAAUUUGAAUGAUGAGAUGAAGUCCAUGUUGGAGAAAUCCGACUGGGACCACCAGGACACAGCUCUGUCCAUUCAUGGACCGGUUACUCUAGAUAUUCAUUCCAGCUUUAAACUGAAGAAGGGACGAUUGUUUCUAAAGUCAAAAUUUAACAGCCAACACAAGGACUGUGCGCACAUUAAGAAACACAGGCCGACGAGUGGAGAUGGCGUGUACACAAUUUACCCAACCCCGGGGACAAACAAGACUGUGUUCUGUGACAUGACCACUGAUGGAGGGGGGUGGACGGUAAUACAAAGGAGAAUAGACGGGAAAACAGACUUCUACAGAAACUGGAAAGAUUACAAAAACGGGUUUGGACAUGCUGAUCACGAGUACUGGUUGGGAAACGACGCCAUACAUGCUCUUACAAAAGAUAAAAAUCAAAUUCUUAGAAUUGAUAUGAUGAAAUUUUCGAGGGAAAAAGGUCAUACGACGUAUUCCUCAUUUUUUGUGGAUAACGAGGCCAACAAGUACAAACUGACGCUUGGAAGUUUCAACGGAACCAGGGGUUUAGGAGAUAGUUUUCGCAGUUUAAACAACAUGUACUUCAGUACAAAGGAUAGGGAUAAUGACAAGGACGAUAGUCGCCAUUGUGUACAAAGAUACAAAUCACCGGGGUGGAUGAAUGGCUGCUUUGCUGCCAAUUUGAAUGGUGUGUACAAAACCUCUCUCAGCGAUUACACGGAAUUACACUGGCAAAAAUGGGGAAAGGACGUGUCGCUAAAGUCGGCAAAAAUGAUGAUACGACCCAAGCAAACCAAUUACUAGUAAUUGAUAUAGCAAAAACAA